UAGAACCAGCUCCAUUUUAGGCUGCCAGGUCCUAUUCCUGUCGGGCUAUUGUGUGGAUGGAUGGAAAGCUGUAGCCUAUAGGGGGAGGAGGAGGUGAGGGCGCAGCGAGCAGAUAAGAGAAGUGGCUUAUUGGAUGUCUGCUGCCUGGAUCUCUUAUUUUAUCUGAAAGGAGACGUCUCGCCGUUUGUUUUUACAGUCCGAAAAAACAACGACAUCGCCCUUCGGGAAGCUACCCGACAGGACGGUAGCAUGAUAGUCGUGGAGGGGACUCGGAAGGAAGAGGGCCCGUAUCUGCAUUUUACUUCGCCUACACCGAAUUCAUUGAGUCGGUAACCAGCGUCCGACAUGGGGAAGGAGGUAAAUGGAGUCUCGCGGAGCCGGUUUGAGAUGUUCACAAAUAGCGACGAGGCGGUCAUCAAUAAGAAGCUGCCUAAGGAGCUGUUGCUACGAAUCUUCUCCUUUCUGGAUGUGGUGACACUCUGUCGCUGUGCCCAGGUCUCACGGUCCUGGAAUGUUCUGGCCUUGGAUGGCAGCAACUGGCAACGAAUCGACCUCUUUGACUUCCAGAGGGACAUUGAGGGCCGGGUGGUGGAGAACAUCUCAAAGCGAUGUGGGGGGUUCCUUAGGAAGCUGAGCCUGCGGGGUUGCUUGGGUGUGGGUGACAGCGCCCUGAGGACUUUCUCUCAGAACUGCAGGAACAUCGAGCUGCUUAGUCUGAACGGCUGCACCAAGAUCACUGACAGCACAUGUAAUAGCCUCAGUAAGUUCUGUCCAAAGCUGAAGCACCUGGACCUCGCCUCCUGUACCUCAAUCACCAACCUGUCACUCAAAGCUCUCAGUGAGGGUUGUCCCCUGCUGGAGCAGCUCAACAUUUCCUGGUGUGAUCAGGUCACCAAGGAUGGCAUCCAGGCCCUGGUGCGUUGCUGUCCAGGACUCAAAGGCCUUUUCCUCAAGGGAUGCACACAGCUAGAGGACGAGGCUCUGAAACAUAUCGGGGCUUACUGUCCAGAGCUGGUCACACUCAACUUGCAGACGUGCUCACAGAUCACAGAUGAGGGCCUCAUCACAAUUUGCCGGGGUUGUCACCGCCUGCAGUCUCUUUGUGUGUCGGGUUGUGCCAACAUCACAGACGCCAUCCUGCACGCCCUGGGACAGAACUGCCCUCGCCUCAGAAUAUUAGAAGUGGCUCGCUGCUCUCAGCUUACAGAUGUGGGCUUCACUACAUUAGCCAGGAACUGUCAUGAGCUUGAAAAGAUGGAUUUAGAAGAAUGUGUGCAGAUCACAGAUGGAACACUCAUCCAGCUGUCGAUCUACUGCCCUCGUUUGCAAGUCCUGAGUCUGUCUCACUGUGAGCUGAUCACCGAUGACGGCAUCAGACACCUCGGCAGCGGCCCCUGUGCUCACGACCGUCUGGAGGUGAUCGAGCUGGACAACUGCCCCCUGAUCACAGACGCCUCGCUGGAGCACCUGAAGAGCUGCCAUAGUCUGGAUCGCAUUGAGCUCUAUGACUGCCAGCAGAUCACCCGCGCUGGCAUCAAGAGACUAAGGACCCAUCUGCCUAACAUCAAAGUGCAUGCAUACUUCGCUCCCGUCACUCCACCACCCUCCGUCGGGGGCAGUCGUCAGAGGUUUUGCCGCUGCUGUGUCCUGCUAUGAUGUAAAGACAACAACCCCCCCCUUUCCACUCCCCGUGUCCCUCGUACAUGCUCCCCGCAGCCCGUCACUUGAACCCGGCCCUGCUGUCCCCCCCUUGGCGCCCUGUCAUAGAGUAUAUGCUGGUGUGUCCCCCCUGUUUGGAGCUGCAGAGAGAGGGAGAGAGCCAGAACACGCUACAUGGUCUUGGGUAACUUUCCCAAAAAACAUUCCCGAAUCUCUCCACCACACACACACACACACACACACACACACACACACACACACACACACACACACACCAGGCUUUCUGAUAUGCAGACACACCUGCAUACACAGAUAAACUCUUAGAAGAAUGUCAGAACAUUCCUGGUCUGUGUUUAGUGGCCAACCAGUAUUACAAAGAGCGUUAUGUAAAAAUCAAGUGUGGGCACCUCUGUCUUCAUCAAAUGAAGUAAAAAAAAUAAUGUUCUCAUCAAAAAUACUUUUGUUAUUGAGGGGAGAGACACAUGCUUCUAUUUAGCACUUUGAGACCGGUAACAGUUAGUUUCUUAACAAAAUAUUGAAAAAUCCCUCUUAACCUCUCACACAUGCUUCCCUCGGUGUCGAAGGUCACUUACCAGCUACCUCUAGACGGGAACGCCACUUGAGUAAAAGACCCCAGUUAGCUUUUUCCUGCAGGCUGUUUAUUUCAAAAAGAUGGGCAGCAAUAGAGCCAGUAAACUGCCGACACCUUCAACAAACACAUAGACCGCAGCAGAAGUCAUGUUUUGUGAUAAUAUAUAAAGAAAAGAAAAACAUACUUGCAGCUAUUUGCACCUAUUGCAGUAAAGCAAUGAUAAGACACUUUACCAAACGGCCAUCUCAGAAUUUAAGACUAGCAUUUUACUAACACACACACGAAUACAAAUCCUCAUGCAGACACUGAGCUUGCUACACCUGUACCCUCACCUCUCUCUGUUACAAUCAGAAGCUUCAAUAUGCUGAAGAAAAAAAAAAAAAAACUUAAAUAUUUUUCUAAAAAUGGACACCAAUUAAGACUCGCGAGUGGGGACUCGAGAGGAUGCCAAAUGUUGCAUGUAACACCUCUAGUUUUUUAAAAUCGAAUUGUAAAUAGAGUCCGUGAGUCGACGCCAGUGAAAACGACAGAUGAUGAUGAUGAUGAUGAUAUGAGAUGGGGCAGAGAUUUCUGUCUAUGGGUCUUCCUGAGGGAACUAUGGCGAAGCUCACACAUGCUUGUUUCAGUGUUGGAGUAUUUGCUGGAGCUUCGGACUGUCCGCAUGAGCCAGAACUUAACCAGGAGUUUGACAGAAGAACUGCUGCUUGCCUGUGAAAAGCUCAUGUAGACGACAGGAAAGAAACUAAAAGUCUGACAUGACUACAUGAUUUCAUGUCGGACCAGAACAA